GAUAACAGCAGCCCGCAGAGCGCAGCAAUAUUUAACCCACUCUUAUGCGGACCUUUCGACAAUCUGCAGCCGGUUGCUUUUCCAGGAGGGGAACCCUCCACCCAUAAAAGCGUGUAAAAAAAAACAACCCCAGAAAGCCCUCCCCUCCGCCCACCUCCCCAACUCACAUCCACAGCGCACGACCUUCGAACACGUUGACCCCGAGCCGCACAGGAAAUAUAAAUAAUACCAUCCGUUCGAAAGCAAACAAGAAAAAAUGAUACAGAAGACAUUACACGUUAACAUGCUUCAAUGGAAGCUACCUUCUACCCGGAAUUGAGUGUUGGAUCUUCUUUGCCAUGUUUUAAUAUGCAUGCAGAAGCCAACAGAUGUUCAGUGCACUGGGAAUGGAAAUUACAAAUUGUGAAGGGAGAUUUACUGCAUGCCAAAAGAAUUGCCAAACGUUGCUACCUGUAUCGAGACAGCGUUUUGCACCAAAGCAAGUACUAAAGCCUUCAAGCACAGAUAACUUGGCGAUACAUCUCAGUCACACACCACACACUGGCCAUGGCAUCAGACAAUUCCCUGCGUCUGCUGCUGCUGUAUUGCACGAUGACAAGUCUCGUUAUCUUCAGCUGCAUCUACAUGCAGAGCAAAGGCAACAACAUCUCCGAGUUUCUGUUCCCAAGCCCCAAAGUGGUCAGAUGCCGCAUUUUCUCAGAUGAGAUGUGCUUGGCAUUGAUGGAGGGACAGACCCUCACGGGCGACCUAAGGGCCCAUUGCAAGGAGAUCCAAAGGCCCACCAUGGCCAUUGAGGAGAACGUCAAUUGCAGUGCUUUCAUUGAGAAGCAGAGCUACAUCACGGAGGCACUGUCCAAAGAAGAACAGGAUUUCCCACUGGCGUACAUCAUCACUGUUCACAAAGACUUUGAGACAUUCUCCAUUCUAUUUCGUAACAUUUACAUGCCACAGAAUAUUUACUGCAUCCACGUGGAUGUGAAGUCCUCGGAGAGCUUCAAAAAGUCCAUGCAGAGACUGGCAGGAUGCUUCGACAAUGUCUUCUUGGCCUCCAGGUCCGAGACGGUCGUUUACGCUGGUUUUUCGCGCUUGAAAGCCGACAUCAAUUGCAUGCGGGACCUGGCGACCAGACCGACUCCCUGGAAGUACGUCCUGAACCUGUGCGGUCAGGAUUUCCCGCUGAGAACCAACCAGGAGAUAGUGCGGAUCUUAAAGAACAAGUGGAGAGGGAAGAACAUCACUCCGGGCAUCUUUCAACCCCCUCAUAUGAAGUGGAGGACCCAGUACGUGUACAAGGAGGUCGUAGACAAGGACAAGAAACAGAUGAUUAGAACCAAUGUUGCCAAAGGCCCCCCACCGCACGGCAUAAAUCUGUGUUUCGGAACGGCGUACUACGCAGUGACCAGAGAAUUUGUGCAGUAUGUGCUCGAUGACAAGAAAGCGCAGGACCUGCUGGAGUGGUCUCAGGAGACAUUCAGCCCCGAUGAGCACUACUUUGUGACGCUCAACAGCCUGCCAGAUGCACCCGGAGCCAACACGGUCCCUAGCUGGGAGGGCAACACUCGUGCCGUCAAGUGGCGGGACGGUGAAAAAACUCAUAAAGGGUGCAAAGGGCACUAUGUGCGGGACAUAUGUGUGUACGGAGAGGGUGACCUGGAGUGGCUGACCAAGAGAAGCGAUCUGUUCGCCAACAAAUUCGAGAUGCAGCGCUACCCACUGGUGUUGGAGUGCCUGGAGCACUGGGCCCGGCAGAGAACCCUCAACGAGUCAGAGGUCAGAAUCCAGCCCAGCUGGAGGAUUCACUAACCCAGGGAUGCAUUCAGGGAGAAGCACGUGACAAACUUCACGACUGUGAUCGCGUACGCAAUUUUUGGUCCCAGAGAGAGCGAUCCUUGCCUGCUGCUCGGAAUCAAUUCAUUCUCGUCGCCCUGACUCAACGUGGGCUGGAGCUCAUGACAAUCCUCAAGAUGACCAGCACCAGUCUGUGGCCUUGCACUUCCUCGGUUCGCUUGCGGUGGUUUUAUGUUGAGUUGCUAAUUGCGUUGGAAAUCCAUUAAAUUUAAACUUAAAAUUGUGAAGGGAUCCGCCCCAACUGAAUGCAAUUUUCUGCCCGUGAGCCAAGGCACGUGGCACUUUUUGACUGAGCGAUGUUUGCGUUUCCACGUAUCCCUCAGCGGCCCAACGAGUGCCAAUGUUUCCGAAAGAGUGCGUUGCCGUGAAUUUAAAUGGCAUAGUUUUCGUGUUUCCCAAAACAAAUGUAGACACUCAUGAAGGAAUGAUUGCUACUGUUGACGUUUUUUUUAUAUAAAAUAUAGAUAUAAAAAAUAAUAUAUAAAAACCUAAAUGAUUAUGUGAUCAUUAAUGUGGUUACUUUUAACGAUUACCUAAGAACUCUUUAUAUUCUUAGCUCUUUCGGUAAAGUCACGUUGAAGGGACACAAUAAAAUAAUAAAAAAU